AUGUCCGUACCCGCCGACUCCCGCGCUCCGUCGACAGCCGCCACCGAGGACCCGCUAGUGGUCUUGAAGACUUUCCUCCAAAAUCGCGAAGUUCCCACUGCGGCGGCCGAGGUCGUCGCCUUCCUCGAGGAUUGCUUCGACGCCUGGACUCGGUACCGGCGCCGUGCGCGUGGCGUCCCGCUCGAUGAGACGGUAGCGCGCGCUUUGCGCGACUCUGUGCGCGUCGCCGUCACCACGUCCCCAGCAGAUGCCCGCGACGCCAUGGCCCUCGUCCCCGACUUCGAAGCCCUCGACGCCGCUUUGAAGGACCACGAUCAACAAGAGGAACUCCGCCUGGCCCGCGAACGUGCGGAGGCGCUUCGUGUGCAGGAAGAGCGCGAGCGCGCCGCGAAGGCGGACGAAGACCGCGCCCUCGCCGAACGGGAGCUCGAGCUUGCUCGGGAGGCCCGCGCGCGUGCCGCUGCCAAUGCCGACGAUGACACCUCGGUUGGUGCUGGACCCGGACCCGCCCCCUCGAAGGACAAGGGGAAGAAACGCAAAGCCGAUGAACAGUCCGAGGCCGACGUCGACUCGACCGUUCGAGUCGACCUGUCACACCUUCAGGGCGUCCAGCGUGCUCGUGCUGAGCGCGCGUACGCCUUCUGGCGCGCGGACCCGGUGUGCGAUCGAUGUGCGAACGGUUUCUCCGAAGUCCGCGAGUGCGUCUUCGUCGAGCCGCACGACCUCAAGUGCGACCUGUGCCACUCCCAGCAACAGGGGUGCUACUUCGGUGGCUCGACGUUCAACGGGCAGCACAAGCUGUUGCGUAGCGGUCGGGCCCGAAAGGAGAAGGAGGAGCCGCUCGAGGUUGCGCUCGCCCGUCCGAGCAAACGCGCCCGCCUUGAGGAUGGUAACCUCGGCGGCGGAAGCCUCGCGAGCUUCCAGGGCCGCGUGCGCGAGCUAUUCGGGGACUUCAGGUCCGUCCCGGAAGCGGCGCGGACCCAGGCGGUCGCCCUCGGCAACCAAGCCCGUGUCCGCCAGGCUUUCGAGGUGGCCGCCGCUCGCGCCGAAGCCUUGACGACUCAGAUGGAGGUACUGUCGAUCGAGCUGUCGUGCAUCGAAGCCGUGCGCGACCAGUUGGACUCUUUCGCCAACGAAGGCUUCGAGGCUCGACAGGCUGAGUUGGGUGCAUCGAAAGCGGGCCCGUCACGUACUUAA